UCCAGUCCUCGUGAGCGCGCACGCCUCCCCCAGCCUUCCUUUCGUUCCGUUUGGCGUCUCCGUGCGCGGAACCACUGACAGCCCCCUCCUCGGUGCUCGCUCCCGGCUGUGGGGGUGAAGGCGAGAUUGAAUGAGAAGCUAGGACGCAGCGGCGCGGUGGCCUCCUCUCCUGCUAGAACAGCCCGGGCGUCUAGCAGUAGCUGUGACUGACGCAGUGCCCGGUGGAGGCCCCGGCGGUGUGAGCGUGUGGUGCUGUGUGUGUCGGGGAGCUGCUGGCUAUGGAGGACAAGACGUUCACGAAGGAGCUGGACCAAUGGAUCGAGCAGCUGAACGACUGCAAGCAACUGAACGAGAGCCAAGUGCGCACCCUGUGCGAGAAGGCAAAAGAAAUUCUUACAAAAGAGUCUAAUGUGCAGGAUGUGCGCUGCCCUGUUACCGUGUGCGGGGAUGUCCAUGGCCAGUUUCACGACCUCAUGGAGCUCUUCAGAAUCGGAGGAAAAUCCCCAGACACCAACUACCUGUUUAUGGGAGACUAUGUGGAUAGAGGCUACUACUCUGUGGAGACGGUGACUCUUCUUGUAGCAUUAAAGGUCCGUUACCCAGAACGUAUCACAAUAUUGAGAGGGAACCAUGAAUCUCGACAAAUCACUCAAGUCUAUGGUUUCUAUGAUGAGUGUCUACGGAAAUAUGGGAAUGCAAAUGUAUGGAAGUAUUUCACAGAUCUCUUUGACUACUUACCAUUAACGGCUUUAGUUGAUGGCCAGAUCUUCUGUCUUCACGGAGGUCUUUCUCCGUCUAUUGAUACGCUGGAUCAUAUUCGUGCUUUGGAUCGCUUACAAGAAGUUCCACAUGAGGGGCCAAUGUGUGACCUUUUGUGGUCUGAUCCAGAUGAUCGUGGAGGUUGGGGCAUUUCCCCCCGAGGUGCUGGCUACACUUUUGGGCAGGAUAUUUCUGAAACCUUUAACCAUGCCAAUGGACUCACUUUGGUGUCACGUGCUCAUCAGCUUGUAAUGGAGGGAUACAACUGGUGUCAUGACAGGAAUGUGGUAACCAUUUUCAGCGCACCUAAUUAUUGUUAUCGUUGUGGGAACCAGGCAGCUAUAAUGGAACUGGAUGACACCUUAAAAUACUCCUUUCUCCAGUUUGAUCCUGCUCCUCGGCGUGGAGAGCCGCAUGUUACUCGACGCACUCCUGACUAUUUCCUAUAAGCAAUCUCUACACAUUGCCUUCAUCUGUGCAAUUAUACUUGGCAUUGAAACAACAUACAUGUGUCUAUCUACAUAUAGACCUGCAAACCAACUAAUGAAAACCAAAAUAAUGGAAACAUCAAGAAUCUGCUUUUACUUCACCCUGUCCUUACUGUCCCUGAUUACACUUUUCAUUUCCCCAGUUUAUUUCCCCAAACAAGCUAAACCACCGCCAUCACGGACCAAAAUGUGCCAUACUGUUGAUAAAGCAUUUAGCACAAUUUGAGACUACAGAUUUGAAUAUAAAACGCAUAGCCAGUCCAUUAGUCAGUUUGCCUGCUGUAUUUGUAUAAGUUAUGUUUCCUACUGAACUGUUUUAAACAGUUGGUACAGGGGAAGUUGCAAGGCCUUUACCACCCCCUUCGCACCUACUUUGUAAAUUUUAGUUGUAGUGAUCAGCUGGCAUGACAGAUACCAUUUGGAGUUAUUUUUAAGAAAAUGCACAAGCUAACCAUUCACCGGUUAUUUUUAUGUUUUUAAAAAGUACAGAUAUAUUGGACAGAUUUGACCUGAGUGUUUGCCAUAACAUUAAUGUACGUUUUUCUGUAUAUUUGUCAAGAAAGUGCUUGCUGCUCCUUUGGUGUAUUUGAACAAAUAAACUUUCAAUUGUAGACCUCCAA